CAGAGAGGCACAAGCGCUCCGUCCCUUCCAGAGGCAGGCGGAGGGAAGAGAAAGGGUCUGUUGUUUUUCUCUCCUUGUUUCUCUCUCCCUCUCUGCUGAUCACCAAGCUGCUGACCGGUCAGAAAGCCCUGAUGGAAAUCCACCAGUGCUGGGCACGCCCCUCCUCCUCCAGGGAGCUUGUCCUUGACUAAUUUUUCUUCAUCCCGAUGGGAAAAAAAGAAAGAGAGAAAGAAGAAAAAUGAAAAACCACAAACUUCCUUUGAAAGCCAGCUUGUAGUCAGGGCCUGGGGUGCCCGCCCUAGACUCGGCGACUCAGGGAUCCUGAAGACGCUCUGAGCGGCUGGGGAGCACCUGGGCUGCGCCCCUGCCUGCCCUCACCCUCCUCCGGUGACCCCAGUACUGGGUGUGAGUCCGGAAGUGGUCACGACGGAGCCAGGAGCGCCGCCGGUAAACCUGUGUGAACCUGUAUAAGCUCUGGUGUUGACAGCUGGAAGGCAGCGGGACUGGCCGCUCCCUUCGUUGUGCCCACCUCCCUCAUCGAAUGGCCAGAGCUGAACCCUGCUUCUCAGUGCUGGAGCAGCACCCACUUCUUUAAGGGAAGCGGAUUCCACCCAAAUCUUCAAUCCCACCAGAGUUGUCCCUCUCAAGUCUGGAAGCCCCUUGUCCUUGUUGGUCUCAUCUGGUUACAACAAGUUAGAGGUGGAAAGAGCUCAGCCUGGGACUCUUCUGUUUACACAAGCUGAGAAAGACAUGUGCUACCCAUAGCCAGGAGUGACUGCACAGACAAUAGCCAGCCUUCCACAUUACAGCCCUUUCCCAAGACUUUUCUGGGUUCAUUUGCUUUCCAGCCCAAUGAUUUUCUUCUUAUUGGACAAGUUCCUCUUUUGUAUACCAAGCCUGGCUUAGGCAAGUACCUGAGGUCAGUAAACACCUUCGGUGCCCCUUAGUUGACUCCCUUCCAAAAAUGGAACAUCAGCCUGAGCAUCCGCCUCCUGGUAAGGCCAGAAUUGCAGAAGCAGUCACCCUUGAAAACCACGAGGUCCUGUCGGGACCAGAUGAACACCCUCAGGAUGAGGACGCAAGAGAGACUAAUGCGGCAGCUGAAGAACAGGAGCCAGUAGGCCAAGCUCUGCUGCCUGUCCAGGAUGGGGAUAACGUUGAGUCCCCUCCACCUGAAACUAGCUCAGAUCUACCAGUUCCAGCCCAUGAGACAUCACCUGAGACAGAGACAGUGGGGGUAUGUUCUACAUCCCAGGAUCUUCCUCAGUCCCCCAGGACCCGACAGCCUGAGCUAGAUUUCUACUGUGUAAAGUGGAUCCCCUGGAAGGGAGAACGAACACCCAUCAUCACUCAGAGCACCAAUGGCCCUUGCCCUCUUCUUGCCAUCAUGAACAUCCUCUUUCUUCAGUGGAAGGUGAAGCUGCCCCCCCAGAAGGAAGUGAUCACAUCAGAUGAGCUCAUGGCCCAUCUCGGAAACUGCCUCCUGUCCAUCAAGCCCCAAGAGAAGUCAGAGGGACUUCAGCUGAAUUUUCAGCAGGGAGACUGUAUGACUUACUAG